AUGUCAACUCCAAAGAAACCUAGACCAACUAUGGCAAAGUCUAAACCCAAACCCAAAGUACCUGUUACAACAACAGGCAAACGAAAGAAGAACAAAGAUGAUAAAGAUGACGAUGAUGAUGUGAUGGAUGUGGAAGAAGAUCAGGUUGUAUCUAGUAGUAGCAGUAGUAGUAGUAGUAAUAGUAGUGAUAGUAGUGAUUCAAGUAGUAGUAGCGGUAGUGGUAGUGGCAGUAGUGGUAGUGAGAGUGAGAGUGAGAGUGAGAGCGAGAGUGAUAGCAGUGAUAGUGGAAGUAGUAGUAGUGCAAGUAGUAAAGAUGUAGAGGAGGAAGAAGAGAAUUAUGAAGUGGAGUCAGGAGAGGAAGAUGAUGAAGACAUCUUUUAUGAUAUGUCAAGUGAAGAUGAGGCUGUUGACAAUGGUGAUGAACAAUAUGAACUGGAUCAAUCAGAGAUCAUUCAACCAGAUGACCAACUGAUACUAAUCGAGGUCGUUGGUGAAGACCCCGGUAUCCUAGUCAAUAAUCAAUACUCAUUGAUUGGAUUGGAUACUCCAACACCUUUAUUACAGAUUGGAGAGAGGAUGUAUAGAGGUAGAUACCAGGAUGUAGUUGGAACACAGCUAUUCUUUAGGAAUCCAAAGAGACAACAUCAACCACAUCGACCAGACGCUGCAGCCGCUGCAGCAAACUUUGAUGAUUUACAACUGAACAUAGACCUUAACAACAACAAUAGUACAGAGCCAACAACAACAACGACGACGACGUCGGAAGAUGGAACCACGAAUACUACCACGACACAGACACAAGAGACACAACAGAUAGAUACAAACAAUAUACGAUUGCAAUACGAGAUACCGAGACUGGAUCACUUGGUCUAUGUAAAUAAGACACAGAAGCGAUUGGUGUUCCAAAGCGUACAGAUCAGAGAGAAGAACUCUGCUGCGAUGCCAACUAGUGUGUAUCGACAUUCCAUGCCAAGGACUCCUGCCAAGAGUACAGCUGCUGCUGCUGAUGAAGUUAUGGGAGGCGGAGUUGGAGGUGGAGUCGACCAUUCAAUAAACAGUCCAGAGAAGUCUUCAGCUGGCUGA